AUGGGCAAGGACUAUUAUGGAAUCCUGGGCAUUGGCAAGGAUGCAAGCCAGGACGAUAUCAAGAAAGCGUACCGAAGGGCUGCCCUGAAGUGGCAUCCGGACAAAAACCAGGAGCGCCGAGCCGAGGCUGAGGAAAAGUUCAAGGACAUUGCGGAGGCUUAUGAUGUCCUGAGCGAUCCAGAAAAGAAGUCCAUCUAUGACCAAUACGGCGAGGAUGGUCUGAAGGGAGCACCAGGGCCAGAUUCUGCCGGCAGUGCGGGCAUGCCUGGUGGGCCCGGAGGUUUCCACUACCAGUUCUCUGGGGACCCGAACGACAUGUUCGCAAGGUUCUUCAAGGACUCCUUCAAUCGAUCGUCUUCAUUUGGAGAGUCUCCAUUCGAGGAAAUGUUUGGCAUGGGCGGCAUGGGCGGCAUGGGUGGCAUGGGCGGCAUGGGCGGCAUGGGUGGAAGCAUGCCGGGCAUGCGUGCCGGUCAAGGCAGCCAUGCUUCCAGGCCUGCGGUCUUUGACCUGCCCUGCUCGCUUGAGGAGCUGUACAAUGGAGCAGCAAAGAAGAUGAAGGUGAAGCGCUCAUCGUCGACGCUUCCUCGAGAGGCAGAGGCUGUGCUGGAAGUUGAGGUCAAGCCUGGAUGGAAAGCUGGGACAAAGGUGACUUUCCAGGGCGAGGGUGACGAGAUUGGAAGUUCAGGCAAAGCGCAGGACGUUGUUUUCAUCAUUCGAGAGAAGGGACAUCCGACCUUCACGAGAGAGGGCUCCAACUUGCUGCACCAUCGGAAGAUUCCACUCGUAGAUGCCCUCACAGGCUUUAAGGUGGACGUUUCCAUGUUGGACAAGAAGGAGCGUAUUCUCCGAGUUAAUGUGACAGACAUCGUCAGCCCGAACUAUGUAAAGGUGGUGAAAGGUGAAGGCAUGCCAUCUAGCAAGCCUGGUGGAAGCAAGGGAGAUCUUAUUAUCACCUUCGACAUCGUCUACCCAUCGUCGUUAACCACUGAGCAGAAGGAGAAGCUCAAGGCUGCAUUGCCCAGGUCAUGA